AGCUCGGGCCUCGCCCGGAUGGCGGCUGAGACGCGCGGCCGCCGGCCCUGGGGCUCGCUCCUCGGGCUGCUCGGGCUGGUCUCGGCCGCGGCCGCCUCCUGGGACCUGACUUCGCUGCGCUGCAACUUCGGCGACUUUUGUGAAUGCGACUUCCGGCCCGACUUACCGGGUCUGGAGUGUGACCUGGCCCAGCACCUGGCAGGCCAGCACCUGGCCAGGGCGCUGGUGGUGAAGACGCUCAAGGCGUUCGUGCAGGACCCGGCGCCGAGCAAGCCGCUGGUGCUCUCCCUGCACGGCUGGACGGGCACCGGCAAGUCCUACCUCAGCUCCCUGCUGGCGCGCUACCUCUUCAAGGGGGGCCUGCGCAGCCCCCGGGUGCACCACUUCUCCCCCAUCAUCCACUUCCCCCACCCCAGCCUCAUGGAUCGCUACAAGAAGGACCUUAAGAGCUGGGUCCAGGGCAACCUCACUGCCUGCGGCCGCUCUCUCUUCCUCUUCGAUGAGAUGGACAAGCUGCCCCCAGGCCUGAUGGAGGUCCUGCGCCCUUUCCUGGGCUCUUCCUGGGUCGUGUAUGGGACCAACUACCGCAAAGCCAUCUUCAUCUUCAUCAGCAACACUGGUGGUGAGCAGAUCAACCAGGUGGCCCUGGAGGCGUGGCGCAGCCGCCGGGAGCGGGAGGAGAUUGGCCUGCAGGAGCUGGAGCCCGUCAUCGCCCGCGCCGUGCUGGACAACCCGCACCACGGCUUCUGGCGCUCGGGCAUCGUGGAGGAGCGCCUCCUGGACGCGCUGGUGCCCUUCCUCCCGCUGCAGCGGCACCACGUCCGGCACUGUGUGCUCAACGAGCUGGCCCAGCUUGGCCUGGAGCCCAGGGACGAGGUCGUGCAGGCGGUGCUGGACGCCACCACCUUCUUCCCCGAGGACGAGCAGCUGUUUUCCUCCAACGGCUGCAAGACCGUGGCCUCCCGCAUCGCCUUCUUCCUGUGACCCUGCCUGGCCGGGCCUCUUGGACAGUGGGACCCGGAACCCAAAGUGAAGGAGCAGAGGCGCGCUGGCCGGGCGGGGACAGGGGCCCGGAGGGCGCUGAUCACCACAGCCUCGCUGCGCCGCCCGCUCCGCCAGCCGGAGCCUCCUCGUCUGGACUGGAACUCAGGGACCCGCGGGGCGGCUGCGUGCCGCCUGGGCCUGUUCUCACCACCUCCCGCCCCGCACGCGGCCCAAGCCAGGGCCCCACGGUGCCCGGAGCAGAGGAACUCGAGCUGCCAUUGGGGCCUGGUUUGGGACGUGUUUAAUUUUCUAAGAGAACAAGUGUAAUAAACUUAGGCGUGGACCAGA